AUGGUCUUCUCGGAGACGGACCGAGAUCUGAGGCAGAGCUCCCUGGAUAACUGCAGGCGGAGGGAGAGGGGGCCACUGCAUCGUGAGAUCCCGAGAUCUCUUCUUCUUCUUCUUCUCUCUCUCUCUCUCUCUCUUCUUUCUAGUUUUCUCCUCCUCGAAUGGAGCCGGGGAGGGGAAGAGGGCGGCGAAGGAGGUCCAUAUCUUCUUCUUCUUCUUCAAGAGGGUCCUCCGUCCUCUCCAUCUCCUUCUGCUGCUGCUGCUGCUUCUCCCUCUUCGCUCUCUCCGCCAUGGCCGCCGAAGCAGGUGAGAAGGAUCCCCUUCCCCACUUAGAGAGAGAAAGUCCCAAGAAUCGUCGCUUCUAAAUUUAGCCUUCCCUCGUUCGCUCUCUGGUUCUUCCCUUCUCUCUUCUGCUGGCCGGGCCUUGAAAGCUGAUCGAUCGUUGAUUCUCGUGCUUGAAGCAGCGGCAGCAGCAACGGCAGGGAAUUCCUGCGGGAGAGAGAGGAAGCCGACGGCGGCGGCGGCGGAGGAGGAGCUGUGGCGGCGGAGCACGAUAACGGCGGCGGCGGCGGCGAGGGGGAGGAGCCUGCUGGGGCCGGGGUCGUACCCGCCGCGGUGCUCGUCAAAGUGCGGUGAUUGCACCCCCUGCAGACCUGUCCACGUGGCGGUUCCACCGGGCACGCCCGUUCUUACGGAGUACUACCCCGAGGCCUGGCGGUGCAAAUGCGGCGGCAGACUCUACAUGCCCUGA